AUGGCAGGGAAAAGUGUUUGCCCUUUCCAUUGGGCCCAGAGAGCGUGCGACGGUGCGAGACCCAAUGACCAUAUCAAAUUGGCUACUUCUCUUACUCUAAAUUCCCGUUCGGAAACUAGAGAUGCUGCGAGCGCGCAAAACAAUAUCGAAAAUAUCUUUGAUAGAUUCUUGGAAUGCAAGGCCAGUAGUGCUUCAAGGAUGCAGAAUUUCAGCCUCAACCUGGUCCACAAUCCCGAAGUGCUCAACACGCUUCCCUUGCAUAAUUCUGGCAGCAGAUCGAAUAGUCAACUGUUAUUGGCAAUUAUCUUCGUAUUCUGGCCAGAGCUCAUUUUACCCUCUGCACAAGGCUCCGCAGAGGGAUUCUAG